AUGCAAAAUUCUCACAUGGAUGAGUACAGAAAUUCUAGUAAUGGCAGCACAGGCAAUAGUUCUGAGGUAGUGGUAGAACAGUCUGCUGAUUUCAGUACUGAAAUUAUGAAUGUUACGGAAAUGGAACAGUCACCUGAUGGAUCUCCUAAUGUGAAUGCAACUACAGAAGAAAAUGAAAUAGCCAAUGCUGUGGACCUUCCAGUGGCAGAAACAGAAGCAAAUUUCCCUCCAGAAUAUGAAAAGUUUUGGAAAACUGUAGAAAAUAAUCCUCAGGAUUUUACAGGCUGGGUAUAUUUGCUUCAGUAUGUAGAACAGGAGAAUCACUUGAUGGCUGCCAGGAAAGCAUUUGACAAAUUUUUCAUACACUAUCCGUAUUGCUAUGGUUACUGGAAAAAGUAUGCAGACCUUGAAAAGCGGCAUGACAACAUUAAACAAUCAGAUGAGGUGUAUCGACGGGGGCUUCAGGCAAUACCUCUUAGUGUUGACCUUUGGAUACAUUAUAUAAACUUCUUAAAAGAAACAUUGGAUCCUGGGGAUUCUGAGACAAACAGUACAAUAAGAGGAACUUUUGAGCACGCUGUUCUAGCUGCAGGAACAGAUUUCCGAUCUGACAGACUUUGGGAAAUGUAUAUAAACUGGGAGAAUGAACAGGGAAACCUGAGAGAAGUUACAGCUAUAUAUGAUCGUAUUCUUGGUAUUCCAACACAGCUGUAUAGUCAUCAUUUUCAGAGAUUUAAAGAGCAUGUGCAGAAUAACUUGCCUAGAGAUCUUCUAACUGGUGAACAGUUUAUUCAGCUGCGAAGGGAAUUAGCUUCUGUAAAUGGACACAGUGGUGAUGAUGGUCCUCCUGGUGAUGAUCUGCCAUCGGGAAUUGAAGACAUAACUGACCCAGCAAAGCUAAUUACUGAAAUAGAAAACAUGAGGCACAGAAUAAUUGAAAUUCAUCAAGAAAUGUUUAAUUAUAAUGAGCAUGAAGUUAGUAAAAGGUGGACAUUUGAAGAAGGUAUUAAAAGACCUUAUUUUCAUGUGAAACCAUUGGAAAAGGCACAACUAAAAAACUGGAAAGAAUACUUAGAAUUUGAAAUUGAAAAUGGGACUCAUGAACGAGUUGUGGUUCUCUUUGAAAGAUGUGUCAUAUCGUGUGCCCUCUAUGAGGAGUUUUGGAUUAAGUAUGCCAAGUACAUGGAAAACCAUAGCAUUGAAGGAGUGAGGCAUGUCUUCAGCAGAGCUUGCACUAUUCAUCUCCCAAAGAAGCCUGUGGUGCAUAUGCUUUGGGCAGCUUUUGAGGAACAGCAGGGUAAUAUUAAUGAAGCCAGGAAUAUCUUGAGAACAUUUGAAGAAUGUGUUCUAGGAUUGGCAAUGGUUCGUUUGAGAAGAGUAAGCUUAGAACGACGACAUGGAAAUAUGGAAGAAGCUGAACAUUUGCUUCAAGAUGCUAUUAAGAAUGCCAAAUCGAAUAAUGAAUCAUCAUUUUAUGCUAUUAAACUAGCUCGGCAUCUUUUCAAAAUACAAAAAAACUUUGCAAAAUCAAAAAAGGUGCUUUUGGAAGCAAUUGAAAGAGACAAAGAAAACACAAAGUUAUACCUCAAUUUACUUGAAAUGGAAUAUAGUGGUGACCUCAAACAAAAUGAAGAAAAUAUCCUAAAUUGUUUUGACAAAGCUAUACAUGGUUCAUUACCUGUUAAAAUGAGAAUUACAUUUUCUCAAAGAAAAGUGGAAUUUCUUGAAGAUUUUGGUUCAGAUGUUAAUAAGCUUCUGCAUGCUUAUGAUGAGCAUCAAACACUCCUAAAAGAACAGGAUUCUUUGAAAAGAAAAGCAGAAAAUGGAUCAGAAGAACCAGAGGAGAAAAAAGCACACACAGAAGAUACAAUUUCAUCUUCUACGCAGUUGAUUGAUGGUGAUUUACAAGCAAAUCAAGCUGCAUAUAAUUAUAGUGCCUGGUAUCAAUACAAUUACCAGAAUCCUUGGAAUUAUGGACAGUAUUAUCCUCCCCCUCCAACUUGA